AUGAACUCCACGCUCAACCAGACCGACUCCUGCAGCAUCAACUCUUGGGUGGAGCAGCAGAUUUAUCCAACCCUCUACUCCUUAUUCUUUAUCGUGGGCUUUCCAGCCAACUGCUUGUCUCUGUUGAUAGCCUGGAAGCUGAUGCUUAAGGGGAACAACAUGGCCGUCUACCUGGUCAGCCUGUCCGUCUCAGACCUGCUCUACACCGUUACGCUGCCUGUCUGGAUUGGACUGGCCCUGCAGUGGAGCAUAUCCGACGCCGUCUGCAGCGGGAUGUAUUUAAUCAUGUACAACAGUUUCUACGUUGGCUCCGGCCUGCUCUGCUGCAUCUCUGUGGACCGCUACCUCGCAGUGGUCUACCCGCUCCACUUUCACUGGGUCCAUGAGGUAAAGGCUGCAGCAGCCUUCAGCAGCCUUGUUUGGAUUGUGGAAAUUUUGGUCCACCUUCCCCUGCUUCACCACGUGGGGGAGCUGGAAUCCUUCGACGUCCUGUGCAACCAGGAUGUGCCGAUGACUUACAGGUAUGCCCAUGUUGCUCUGGUUCGGGUUGUUCUGGGUUUCCUGUUUCCUGUGGUCCUCAUGACCGUCUGCUACCUGUUGAUUAUGCGCUCCCUCAGACAGAGCGCCUCCAUCCUGGAAGAGGAGCGCAGAAAAGUUGGACUCCUGCUGCUGUUCCUGCUGCUCACCUACAUACUUUCCUUCAUGCCCUACCAGAUGGUCAUGUUCCUCCGGGUCGUCCUCGAGCAACGGAACUGCGACUGGGCCCAGAGGUUCAGAGACGCAUACCUGGUCACGGUUGCCACGACGACCCUGAACAGCACUCUGGAUCCAAUUAUCUACUGUUUGAUUAACGAGAGUGCCAAGAGAGAAAUUAGGAAGGUUGUGAAGGAAGGGAGGAACAGUUUUAUCAGAAAGACGAAACGGAUUCAAUCACUUUCCUGA